AGACAAAGGAAUAAGAGAGGGGGACUCAGUGCUGUUGACGAUUGUGGCUAGGCGAGUAGCAAUACAAAGCGUUCUUUGCAGCAAACAGGUUCACGUGUUAAUUUCUAUAUCAACAGGUUAUGGGCCCAGCUGUACGCACAGCUAACAGCUACUCUGUCUGAACAAUUAUUUUUUUUGUGUGUGUCCCCGGCUAACUGUUCCCAAGAAAUUAGAAAUUCUUUUCUGGAGUGAUGGAGAAAGAUGGCCGCCGCCAUGUUGUAUGGUGUCUGAAUGGGAAAAACUACGCGUCUUGGAAAUUUGGAAUGAAGCUGGCGUUACAAAGUGUUGAGCUUUGGGAAGUCGUGAACGGGACUCAACGGCAACCUGCUGAAAGACGCAAUGCUGACCAGGUGAUUGAAAAUGCAGCUGAUAUAACCAACUGGAACAAGAGAAAUACCACGGCAAUGCAGAACAUAUUUGGCGCCAUCAAAGAAGACCAAUCAAGGAUCCUGAUGUCUUGUAGCACAGCCCAAGAGAUGUGGAUGAAAUUGGAGACUGAGUAUGAAGAAGAUGCCGCAGACAAUGCACCUCUAUUGUGGACAAAGUUCUAUGGAUGCACAUUUCGACCAAGCCAAAGUGUAUCAAGCUUCCUGACUGAGUUGGAACAGAUAGCAUUCCGUCUGAAGAGCCUCAACAUAGCUAUUGAUGAUAAUCAAAUAAUGGCAAAGAUACUCAUGUCGCUUCCUCCAGAGUUCCGUGUUUUUGCCUUUGCAUGGGACAGCACGCCUGUUGCAGAGAAAACUCUCAAGAAACUGACUACUCGCCUUAUAGCAUUGGACAAGAGCCUGCGCAACGACGAAGAAGCAAAAUCGACAUCUGAUACUGCCUAUCUCAGUAAGCCGAACAGAGAUGAAUCACAGCACAAAGAGCAAGCACUUCCUGCCCAGUACGGUCAGAACAAAGGAAAAAGCCACCCUUCCAGUCAACAUGCUGGUAUACCGAGAACAUGCUGGGAGUGCAACUCCACUACGCAUGUUAGAGCUCAAUGCCGUCAAUACAAACGCCGGCGUGAGAGAGAAGGAGAAGAAGCGGACAGAAAAAGGAAGCGUUACGAUCGACAUGACAGAAGAGAUGAUAAACUAUGUAAGCUCCCAGGAGCAACUGGCCGAUGCACUCACGAAACCCCUGGCUGCUCCACGCUUCAAGUAUCUCCGUGACAAGAUUGGCGUUCGGGGUGUAGGGGAGGUGUAACUGAAGAGUUAAAGGAGGCUGAUAUUUCUUUUCUUAUUAUUUGUCUUGUGACACUGAACCUAGUAUUUAUGUCUGAUUCAAAUAUGCUGUGUAUUCUGUGCUCAUGUUUAUUUUUGGGGGUCCAGUUUGAGGGGAGGUGUUGAGUAUAAAAGAUAAACAAACUGGACAGUGCGGCAACGCAGGAUAGCCAGGAAAGAAGAGAGGGGGAGAAGGACCUACCCAGACAAAGGAAUAAGAGAGGGGGACUCAGUGCUGUUGACGAUUGUGGCUAGGCGAGUAGCAAUACAAAGCGUUCUUUGCAGCAAACAGGUUCACGUGUUAAUUUCUAUAUCAACAC